CUGUUCUUCAUUCUCUCCCAAGACUUACUAUUUUAAGUCCGCUGAAGCAUGCUCGUAUAGAAGAAAAAGCAGUGUCUGUCUCCACUAAAUCUCUGCUCCUUUGUUAGCCUCUCCAGACUAGACAUCGAGAUCGAGAUCGAGCAUGGGGUACUUCCUCGAUGUGUUGCGCUUCAUCUUCUGCUACGGAGAUGAUGACGACGCUUUCGAUCGAUUAAAUGCGAGGAGCAGCAGCAGCAGCAGCAUCAGCCAUCGCGUCGAGGAUUUGCCGUUGCUUCAUGGAAAUUCCUCAUCGUCGGAGUCGUAUCCUUCAACUACCACCUUACUGUAUCCGUGGAAGUCUUCAGUGGCUUCUCCGCCGUUAAAUGCUUCUGUUUCUCCGUCCCCUUCUUUGCUAUCUAGGUUUUCGACUGCCUCCGGUCCUCUCUCAUCGAAUCAGUCUGAUGAUUCUGCCCCAAAAGUUUCUUCCGGGCACUCUUCCGGAGCUUCCCAAUCUUCUUCUCCCCCACCGAAAUCGAAGACUUUGCCUUUAGUUCCACAGUCUUCUUCUCACCCAUCGGAAUCGAAGGCUUUACCUUUCAGUUCAAAGUUCCAACAGGCUGAUGCCAGUAGGAGAUCGCCGGGAACAACCACGAGCAAGCAAAAGCCCACGCCUGACGCAAGAGACGGAAAUCCUGAGCUCAAUGGGAAGGCUUCUGCCAAGGCGCCUGAUUCCACCGCCUCCACUCCUCUCUCAUCGAAUCAACCUAAUGAUUCUGCCCCAAAAGUUUCUUCCGAGCACUCUUCUGGAGCUUCCAGAUCUUCUUCUCCCCCACCGAAAUCGAAAACUUUGCCUUUAAGUCCACAAUCUUCUUCUCACUCAUCGGAAUCGAAAACUUUACCUUUCAGCUCACAGUUCCAACAGGAUGAUGCCAGUAGGAGAUCGUCGGGAACAACCACGAGCAAGCAAAAGCACACGCCUGAUGCAAGAGACGGAAAUCCUGAACUCAAUGGGAAGAUUUCUGCCAAGGUGCCUGAUUCCACUCACAUUUGCGUCAUGCAUCAGGCCUCAACGACGCCUUCUAAACCCUCCAUAAAUGCUUCUGCUUCUCCCUUGACCUCUUCAGUCUCAUCCAAACAUCCUGUAGUCGCCGAUCCGCUUUCAUCGAAGUGUUCUUCUGUACUCCCUGCCUCAUCAUCUCAUGGGCCUUCCACUCAAGUCUGGAUCAAGCGUCAAUCGACCUUGAAUUACCAUGACAAAUCUUCGCUUUUGCCAUCAACUACUCUUCCAUCAAAUACCUCCAACUUCACAGAUACAUUUGCUUCCUUUCUCCAAAAGCAACAGAAACGGACACCUGAGACAAAUCAUCAUGAUUCUACUAGGGACUACUCAUCCGAGCCUCGUCCAUUUUUCAAAAAACGCACACUCGCUGAAAUAUACGAGAUUCCUGAGGAUAUCGAGGAGCUGAUCAAGAACGAUAAGUUGCCUGCAAUGAUGCCAUUAACCCCACACAGUUAUGCUGAUUAUUUCCGUAUUUUGCUUUACGCAGAAGACUAUGAACUCGAGAAAUGGAGCGAAUAUUUAUUGGAAGGAGUUACUCUUGAGUUGCGAGAAAAUAAAGACUCUAAAAUUCAUAAUUUGAGAGAGAUUUCUAAGACAAAAAGCAGUCGGAAUGAUCAACAUUCUUUGGUAGCAUUUGAGAUUGAUGCUGUUCCUGAAAGAAGGCCUUAUCUUUUAUCAAGAGAUUUUGUCCUUGUACGGCCCUCAGACCAGAUAUCUGCGGAACCUUUCAAGGGAGUCAUUGUUUGUGUGGUAAAGAGCAGAACUGUUUUAGUAGAGUUUGGAUGCGAUUUUCACAAACAACAUUCAUCAAUGAAAAAGUAUAAUGUUAGCUUCUCCUUCAAUAGAGUUUGCUUGAAAAGAUCUCAUAUUGCAAUCUCCGCUGCAACAAAUUCUUUGCUGUGUAUGAUCCUCUUCCCAAAUCCCAAAGGCAUUACUGAUUAUGCAAGCUCGGAUGGGAACAUGGUUUCUCCAACCAUCCAGCCUUCCAUUAAGCAUCAUCAUGUAAUUCGAAGAAUCCUAAACCGUAAAGGUCUUGUCCCCUAUCUCAUAGAAGGACCCCUCGCCUACGAGUUUGGGGAACUCACUGCCACAGGGAAAUUUAUUCAAGAAGCAGUCAUCCAAAUACACAGGAAUGUUGUUAGCUCCAAAAUACUUAUAUGCACUCCUAGGAACAUGACGUGCGAUGCAUUAAUGAGGAGUUUGCUCGACGAGAUUCCAAAGACCAAGUUGUUCCGAGCUAAUGCUGCCUUCCGAGACAUGGAACUUGUGCCAGAUGACAUUAUGCCAACGUGCCUGUUUAAAGGGGAGUGCUUCACUUGCCCUCCCAUCGAUGAGCUCAGAGAAUUCAACAUUGUGUCUUCCACCUACAUGAGUAGUUUCAGACUUCACAAUGCGGGAAUUGAAGCCAACCAUUUCAGUCACAUUUUCGUGGUGGAUGCAUCUUCUUCAAUGGAGCCUGAAGCGAUUGUGGCUCUUGCAAAUCUAGUUUGUGAGAAGACUGUCAUCGUAAUUACAGGUUCAAUGGAUGACUUUCCACGUUGGGUGAGAUCAAGAAUAGGGAGGGGAGGGAAUGGACUGAAGAGAUCAUUGUUCCAUAGGCUUAUGGGGAUUAAGCCCUACUCUUCUAUGGAUUCUAAUCAUGCAGCCAGCAUUAGAUCUGGCUAGCUGAAUGUAUAUAGUAAAAUUAUUGUACGUCUUUUCAUAUAUGAAAUAAGUCGUAUUUGUAUAUUGAUCCUCA